GUGCUUUGCGCAGAAGCCAUGACGCACAGCGUAACGCAUCCGGUAGGUGGUGAGUUUCGCUGUUUGAUGUGGGAUGUUUACCUUUCUUUCGCCCUGAGGCUGUAGAAAAAGCUCCCAGCGGAACCCGUGGCUGUCUCCCUGCUGCCAGAAGACAGCGCCGUCAUGCAUUUCAUUCUGGAAACGCUCCAGGUCAUCUUCCUGUCCUUCUGGUACAAUUUGGAGUCGCUGUUCUUCUUCUUGGUACCCAGAAGGAAAAAGUCCGUCGCUGGGGAGGUGGUGUUGAUCACAGGGUCGGGCAGCGGCAUCGGUCGCCUAAUGGCCCAGGAGUUUGCCGCUCUUGGUGCUGUGUUGGUGUUGUGGGACAUAAAUCACGAGGGGAUGAAGGAAACGGCUCGGCUCGCCAAGAAAGAAGGAGCAAGCAGAGUCCACUGUUACGUCUGUGACUGCAGCGAUAAAGCGGAUGUUUACAAAGUCGCUGAGCAGGUGAAGCGGGAGGUGGGAGACGUCAGCAUACUGGUGAACAACGCUGGAAUUGUGACCGGAAAAAAGUUUAUGGAUGCUCCAGAUUCCCUUAUUGAAAAAACCAUGGAGGUUAACACAAUGGCUCACUUCUGGACCUACAAGGCCUUUCUUCCUGCCAUGAUCGCCAACAACCACGGCCACCUCGUCAGCAUUGCCAGCUCCGCUGGGCUCAUAGGAGUCAAUGGGUUGGCAGACUACUGUGCCAGUAAGUUUGCAGCUGUGGGAUUUGCGGAGUCUGUGGGACUGGAGCUGCUGGCAACAGGAAAAGAUGGGAUCAAGACCACCAUCGUCUGUCCCUACUUCAUCAACACCGGAAUGUUUGACGGAUGUCAAACCAAGUGGCCACGGCUCCUGCCCAUCCUGAAUGCAGAGGAUGUCGCCAAGAAGAUAAUCCAUGCUGUUCUCACAGAUCAGGUCUACCUGCUGCUGCCCAGGAGCAUGUACACCAUCACUGCUUUGAAGAACAUACUGCCCAUGAAGCAAGGCCUGAUGCUUGGCCAGUACCUGGGAGCGUUUAACCUCAUGGACACAUUCAGGGGACGCGCCAAAAAACUGGAUUAAAACAAUCAGAGAGGAUGACUCCGAUGAAGGCUGACAGCACAGUCAGCAGCCACUGCUCAUUAUUAGCUGCUCGUUAAAACACAAAUACUUGAAGCGUGUUUAAGGGUCGAUCCAUUUCCAGAUGAAGUCAUCUGUAAAUGUCAGCAUGACGUUUCUCAUUAAAACUAAUUAAUGCAAAAUAAAUGAUUAUCCAGUGAAGGGCACACCACCUUUAAUUUUUAUACAAUUUCAGUGUUGCUGUGAGUUUUUUUAAAUUUUUUAUAGACUUCUUACAUUUUUCCUGCCAAAACCAGCCAACAUUUCAUCUGCUGUUCCUUCUGUGCAUCUAUUACUUUAUCUAUUAUUAUCUUUAUUAAUAUUACUAUUUCAGAGAUGUACUUGCUCCCAUUAAUCUCUGAUGUGUUUAAUAGUAAAACACUAUUGGUUGAAGAAAUUAAGGAGUUAUUUUGCAAAGAAGAUAAAAGACAUUUAUCAAAAACACCAGACUUUAUAUUUUACUGAUAUCACAUGAAGUAAAUAAUAAAACGAUGCAAUAUUUGGAAAAAAUGUAUAAAAAUCUGUUUUUGCAAAUGAAGUCUUCAAAUAAACCCGAGCUGAGUAAAAUCUUCCUCUAGACCUGCAGGAGGUCUAAUCAACCUAAACUGUUUGAUUUCUCUCAGAGAAAAGGGUUUUGUAUUUGAUCUUGAACCAUUAGCCUUUCCUCUAGGCUGCCUUAGUGCCCUUGAGCCUCUGAUGUUAAAACCGAAGAUUUAAAAGCUGAUUUAAUAAAACGGUUUGAAUGAGAACAGUUGUCUGUAGCUGAGAUUGGUGGAGAAUAUUUAACGUGUUAAAUAUGAAACACUCAGAUGAGACCACGGUUAGGUCUGAGCUCAGCUGACAGACGUCGGCUUCAGUCUUCGGUUUGGACGUAAUCCACAGCUGAAUCAGGAACCAUGAAGCAUCUUCUUGUUUUUCUGAAUAACUUCACACAUGUUCAUGUUUCCCAGCUCGUCUGCAGCUCUCUACGAUGACUGUGAUGACGUUUGAAUAAACCUGCUUCUGAUCAGU